UAGCACAAAAGAGAAGUCAAACACCAUUUUUCGUCAUUUCCAUAAAAGUUAUCUGGCCGCUUAAAUAUCACAUUGUAUCAAUUACAGUGAGUGGCACUUUUUCAUUGCCAAGCUAAUUAGGAACAGCUCCGUGUCUGUACAUUCCCCAGCAAAGGCCUUGGCAAACAAAAGCUCCAUUUCUUCCUUCCCCGAAAUCCAAGGGAGAUCGCUUAGCCCAAAUAGGUGUACCCCAAGGUAACGGGCGAAAAAGCGAAGGUAGAAGGGAGGUGCGACGACACAAAGACAAAUCGUUAAUUUUAACGAAUCGUUUUGUUUUCUUCAUUGGCUUCUCAGAAUAAAUAAUAAAACCCAAGCGACGGGACCGCCGCCAUCUUCAUCGUUUAUAACGACGACGAUGCGAUGAUGAUGAUUAUACGGGGAAAAUUGUCGUGCCAAAAACACACCGACAACGAAUAACACAGCUUGGUGGAACCAUUUCCGGGGGAACGAAACCAAGGGGAGAUGGAGAAAGCUUUUAAAUCGAGUAGCAAGUAAAUAGAGCAAAUUGCUCUUCAAUCCCUCGAAACAUGGCCACCGUGCAAAAGCCGGACGUCACUACCGUGAGGGAGGGCUUGGGGGACGACGCGGGGAAAAUAAUCUCUUAAGAGAAGCGUAUAUAUUUUAAUUACUUAUCGUACUUAAUUUGAUGUAGACAUUUUCCGGGCAAAGACGACGUCGGUGAUGCCCGGCCGGAAAAUGAAAGUAUAUCAUCACAGCAAGCCAACGUCGCAAUUUAGUAUGUUGACACAAGCGAGUUUGAAGUGGUUCCUAAUAGCUUUACUCUUCGAGCAGUAGGCCGUUGCUAUGUGUUGGUAAGGCAGUCUCCACAUCGAGGAGAAGUAAGGGGCGUGGUCUACUGCACGUUGCAUCCGACGAUGAAAUCGCAGCGGAGAGCGAGAUCCAAUUAGAAAUUAAAAAUGAAACACGUGCUUUGCUGUAGUGGUGUGUUACCAGUACAGACUCGGGCACUGUCUGCGAGUUCAACUGCAUGCUGGGAAAUCGAAUUUUUCACGAUUUUUCAAGGGGGAAUGAGACGUGAAAAUUGGGCAAACAGUCAGUCUUCGUUCGGUUAUUGCUUGGGUAGACAGCUUUCGGAGUUCUCUGGAAUUAUCGGUAGAAACGGAUAGUGCGUAUCGUGUGAUCCUAAAUAACAGGAAUAUUUUGGGUUGUGAUAUGCGAGUUGCAUGAUUGUUAUCGAAGAAUGGCUAAGGCGGUCAUGAGUGUUUAGUAAAUUUGGAAUAUUAUGCGAGUUCUGUGUUCAAAGUGAAUAGACCGUGAGAAUUUAGUUUCGUUUAACAGUUGUGUCAGUUAGUGGAAAGUAGAUUCAAGUGGAUACUAUGGUUAUGAUGCAAUCUCCACAAUCUGAUUCAGGACAGGCUGAGAGCCCGUCACAUUCGCAGCCCAACUCCCCCUUGUCCCCAGCAGAGUCUAACCAAAUGAACCAUGAUAAACUACAUAAUACUGUGUUGAAAAGUAUCUCCAUGCCAAUGUCCGUCGGAAGUCAAUCGGAAUACCCGUCGGAUCGGUCACCUCCAAUGUUACCCAAAACCGACGGACUGUUGAUCCGUUUUCAAGAACAUCAAAUGACAGAAGGAAAACAAAACCUUGAACUGAGAGCUAAGUUCCCCGCCUUCUCCAAAGAAAAUAUUGUCCUACGUCCGGUGAACGGUGAUCAUAUUAUCUACGCAAAAAGUGAUCGUGAUUUAUUAGAACCCAGUGCAAAGUUUUCCAUUGAAAGACUGAAGCAGCUAGCCGAGCACAACGUCAACUCCCGACUUAGUCCGUCCGACCUGGAUAAGACACCAUCCGGAAAAUUCUCGAUCGAUCACAGUGUUAAAUAUAGCAUUCCGAACGACACCGGAUUGCCACAACCUCAACACUUCCCACCGUCCCAUCCGGUGCCACUGAUGCCAACGGUUCCGUCGGGGCUUUCAAGCAUGCAAUCCCUGGGACAGCAUGCAACGCUUUCGGCAGCCGCCGGUCAGCACCAUCCACAGCUACCGCAGCACACCCACCCACAGUUACAGCAUCCAUUUGCCGUCAAAUAUCCCCCGGAAAGUGCAUCUUCGCCGGAUUUGGAAAUCGAACGGUUCAAAAUUGCCCGGUCGAUCAGCAAUGGCAAGGAGUUGUCCGAUUUUGGUUUCAGGAUACAGCUCGGUGGCCUAUCGGCCAAUUACGCGCACAGUGAUACAAGCGAGGAGCUCAUCGUCGACGGAAAUGAGGACGUGUCGCAGGAUGCCACUUCGGGAUGCCCAGUCGACUUGACGCGUUCCAUGGACAGCAGCAGUGCCAAAUCGAUUACAAGUAGUGACAAAGAAACCACCCCAAAGCGUUUAGCAUUUUCCGUGGAAAACAUUCUGGACCCCAACAAAUUUAACGGCAAACUUAAUCAAAACAACAAUAAUAGCAGUAUUAACAAUAACAACAACAACAACAACACAUGUAGUCAAAACAGUAGUUCCAACAACCAUAGUGUAAAUAGUAGUAACAAAUUUUGGAGUGGCUUCGACCGGGAUGAUAAGCUGGACGACGACCAGAGUGAUUCGCGAUCAGCGAAAGACAUGAACGACCUCGACCAGGAGGAGAUGGGUGACGACACGAUGGGCAGUGACAUCGAUGACCACGCCAGCGAAACCGACUCGAAAAAGGAUGGCGCCAGCAGCCGGUCCGGCGAUGGGAAGUCCCAGGGGAAUAGCUCUAAACCCAGGAGGGCGCGCACCGCAUUUACUUACGAACAAUUGGUUUCCCUUGAGAACAAAUUCAAAACCACCCGAUAUCUAUCGGUUUGCGAGAGACUGAAUCUAGCCCUAAGUUUAAGCCUUACAGAGACGCAGGUGAAAAUCUGGUUUCAAAACCGUCGCACCAAGUGGAAAAAGCAAAACCCCGGAAUGGAUGUGAACAGUCCGACGGUGCCUCCUCCGAACGGUGGAUCGUUUGGUCCCGGAUCGUACGCCAGCAGCCUUCUUUAUCCACAUGCCGUGCCAUAUCCGCCGUACGGUCCGUACUUCCAUCCACUCGGCAGUCACCACCUGGGUCACUCGCACUCGUAAACCGAGCCCAACUGUUGUUGCCAUUAUUACGAUUUGUUUCACCGUUCUAGGUCGAAAGUUUAAUUUUU